AUGGUUGAAGAUAAAAAGGACAAGAAGCCACUAUUGGAUGCAUCGGGGGCAGUAGUUGAGCCGGAGGAUGCAACAGCAACGGCAAUUCUUAGAAGGAAGAAGAAGCCUAACUCGUUGGUGGUGGACGACUCGCCGAACGACGAUGCAUCCGUGAUUUCGAUGUCGUCGAAGACGAUGGAGAAGCUCCAGUUGUUUCGAGGAGAUGCGGUGUUGAUCAAGGGCAAAAAGAGGAAGCAGACUGUGUUGAUCGCGAUGGCGGACGAUGACCUAGACGAGGGUAUGUGCCGGAUGAACCGGGUGUCGCGGAACAACGUGAGGGUUCGUCUUGGGGACGUGAUCACGGUGCAUGCGUGUGCGGACAUCAAGUUUGCGACGAGGAUCUCUGUUUUGCCGAUUGCAGACACGAUCGAGGGGCUCACCGGGUCGCUCUUCGAUUUGUACUUAAAGCCGUACUUCGUGGAUGCGUACCGGCCGGUGCACAAAGGGGACCACUUUGUGGUUCGAGGCGGAAUGAGGCAGGUGGAGUUCAAAGUGGUGGAGGUGGAGCCGGAGGAGUUUGCGAUUGUGUCGCAGGACACGAUCAUCCACUCGGAGGGCGAGCCGAUCAGCCGUGAGGAGGAAGAGAACAACUUGAACGAGGUCGGGUACGACGACAUUGGGGGUUGCCGGAAGCAGAUGGCACAGAUCAGGGAGCUUGUGGAGUUGCCCUUGAGGCACCCGCAGUUGUUCAAGGUGAUCGGGGAUCUUGAUGUACGGCCCACCGGGCACGGAAAGACGUUGUUGGCCCGGGCGGUGGCGAAUGAGACCGGGGCGUUCUUUUUCUUGAUCAAUGGACCGGAGAUCAUGUCGAAGAUGGCCGGAGAAUCGGAGUCGAACUUGAGAAAGGCGUUCGAGGAGGCGGAGAAGAAUGCGCCUGCGAUAAUCUUUAUCGAUGAGAUCGACUCGAUCGCACCAAAGAGGGACAAGACGAACGGCGAAGUGGAGAGAAGGGUUGUGUCGCAGCUUUUGACGUUGAUGGACGGCAUGAAGGCGCGGUCGAACGUCGUGGUGAUCGCUGCAACGAACCGGCCGAACUCGAUCGACCCGGCACUCCGUCGAUUUGGUCGUUUCGACCGCGAGGUGGACAUCGGGAUCCCGGAUGCGACGGGACGACUCGACAUCUUGCGGAUCCACACGAAGAACAUGAAGUUGGCGGGCGACGUGGAUCUCGAGACGAUCGCCCAGCAGACCCACGGGUACGUGGGAGCCGAUUUGGCGUCGCUCUGCUCGGAGGCAGCCAUGCAGCAGAUCCGUGAGAAGAUGGACCAGAUCGAUUUCGAGGAGGAGAACAUCGACACGGAGGUUUUGGACUCGUUGGCCGUGACGAUGGACGACUUCAAGUUCGCGUUGUCGAAUUCGAACCCGUCCGCUUUGCGUGAGACCGUUGUUGAGAGUGUGAAUGUCACCUGGGAGGACAUCGGAGGACUUGAUGGCAUCAAGCAGGAGCUCCGGGAGACCGUCGAGUACCCGGUGAUGCACCCGGACCAGUACACGAAGUUCGGGCUUUCGCCGUCGAAAGGUGUGCUUUUCUUCGGGCCUCCUGGAACCGGUAAAACCUUGCUUGCCAAGGCCGUUGCCACAGAGGUGUCUGCCAACUUCAUCUCUGUCAAAGGUCCCGAGCUCUUGAGUAUGUGGUACGGAGAGUCUGAGUCCAACAUCCGUGACAUCUUUGAUAAGGCUCGUGCUGCGGCUCCCACGGUGGUGUUUUUGGAUGAGUUGGAUUCGAUCGCCAAGGCCAGGGGUGGCGAUAUGGGCGAUGCUGGUGGGGCAUCUGAUCGUGUGGUGAACCAGCUUUUGACCGAGAUGGACGGCAUGAACUCAAAAAAGAACGUGUUUAUCAUCGGUGCCACGAACCGGCCCGAUCAGAUCGACCCGGCCAUCCUCCGUCCGGGCAGAUUGGACCAGUUGAUCUACGUUCCGCUCCCUGAUGAGGAUGCCAGGCUGUCCAUUCUGAAGGCCCAGUUGCGGAAGACUCCCUUGGAGCCGGGACUCGAUCUUGGAGCCAUUGCCAAGGCCACCAGCGGCUUCUCCGGUGCCGAUUUGGCCUACGUGGUCCAGCGGGCCGCUAAAUUCGCCAUAAAGGAGUCCAUUGAGGCCCAGAGGCGGGCUGAGGAGGCUGAAAACGCCGCUGAAAAGGCUCGCGAUGCCGGUGUCAAGCAGGAGAACGGCAAGAACCAGUCCACGGACGACGAGAUGGUCGACAUUCAGCAGGACCAGGACCAGAAACAGGACCCGGUGCCUUACAUCACCAGGCACCACUUCGAGCAGGCCAUGAAAACGGCUAAGCGGUCCGUCACCCCGGCCCAGUUGAGGCGGUACGAGGCGUAUGCCCAGCAGAUGCAGGCUGCCCGGGGCCAAAUGUCUCAUUUCCACUUCGAUUCCGACGGUUCUGGCAACACUGGCUCCGCAGGACCUGCCGACGGCUCAGCUGCUCAAACUUCUGCCGAUGCCUCCGGUGCGGCCUUUGGAUCCACUGAGGAUGACGAUGACGACUUGUAUAGUUGA